AGGCACCUUAUAUAGGCGGUUGCCAAGGCCGUGUUCUGCACAGACUCGCUCGCCAUGAGGUUCCUGGUCGUUCUCGCCUGCCUGGUGCUGGCGGCGCUCGCUCGCCCCAGCACGCACGACUACCUGCACGGAGCUCAGGUUCUCCGAGUGAACCCCCAAACAGCUGACCAGGUUCACUACCUCCAGGGUCUUCUGAAGACUGACCUGUAUGACUUCUGGACUGAACCCCAUGGCACUGGUCACCCAGUCGACAUCAUGGCCCAGGCAUUUAGCGUCCCCGUCUUGAAGAAGACCCUCGAGCAGAUUGACCUCGACUUCACCAUCCAGGUCAGCGACGUGGCCCUUCUGCUGGCCAAGGACAGGGAGGCCAACCAGAAGGCUCGAGCUGCAUCCGGGAAGGCCAUGGACUGGACCUCGUACCAUCGCUAUGAUGAGAUCAUGGCCUGGCUGGACGAACUGGCGUCCACGCACCCCAGUCUGUGCUCCGUGAAGGAAGUGGGCACAACCUAUGAGGGAAGGACCAUGAAAAUGCUGACGCUCAACAAGGGAGGAACCGACAAGCCCGGGAUCUUCAUCGAUGGAGGCAUCCACGCCCGCGAGUGGAUUUCUCCCGCCACCGUCACCUACAUGCUGAACGAGCUGGUCACCAACAGCGACACCUACGACGACAUCUUGUCCGCCGUGAACUUCUACGUUAUGCCUUCCAUUAACCCCGACGGCUACGAGUACUGCCACACCGACGAUAGGUUGUGGCGUAAGACUCGCUCUGACAACGGUUCUCCUUUCGGUUGUAAGGGAGCCGAUCCCAACAGGAACUGGGGACACCACUGGAACGAGAACGGCGCCUCAGACAACCCCUGCUCGGACAUCUACGCCGGUCCCGAAGCCUUCUCAGAGAUCGAGAUGAAGAACGUGCGCAACCAGAUCCUCGACCAGACGAACCUGGUGGUGUACCUGACCUUCCACUCCUACUCCCAGCUGUGGCUCUACCCUUGGGGCUACACUUCAGCUCUCCCCGAGGAUUGGCAGGAUUUGGAUGACUUGGCCCAAUCCGCCGUGAACGCUCUCACAGCUGUGCACGGAACCAUCUACGACAUCGGAUCCUCCACCAACGUUUUGUACGCCGCUGCCGGAGGGUCGGACGACUGGGCCAAGGGCGAAGGCAACGUCAAGUACUCCUACACGGUGGAACUCCGAGACACGGGCAACUACGGCUUCGUCCUUCCCCCUGACCAGAUUAUCCCCACCGGAGAGGAGACCUUCGAAGCCCUCAAGGUCGUCGCGAACUUCGUCAAGGACAACUACCGCACGCCUUAGAGGGGGUGGUCUCGCGAGAGGCUUGGACCGGACGUCUUGAAAGAAGAACGGCGAGGGUGUGUGGGUGGGAGGAGGAAAUAAAUGUGAUUUGUGGA